CAUGUAUUGAGCCCGUUCUGAGUCUGGGCUGGAGUUUUGGUUCGCUGGGAAAGUUAGUCUGGUGGUCAUCAAAAGAGAGACGCUAUCGGUCGGCCGUUACAAGCAGCAUGGUCUGUCGUUGGCUACCGGAAGACCUAAAAUCGCUGAGAGACUAUAACAUUGUAUUGUCUUCACAGCUAAAAUUUGUGUUUGCUGUACGAGAAAAAAGAGAGAAAAAAAGGAGUAGAUGAGGUACUCAAAUAUGAUUGGCCCCUCACCUCCCCUCUUACCUUGACGCUAAUUCUCAUUGUCUGUCAUAUCUUAGAAGCAAAUACUAUUUAGAAGAUUUAGUAUUGCAGCCCGUGUGAAUUGAUCAUUGGCUCCUCGACCUAAUAUCGUUGAGAGACUAGCAUAUCCUUUUCUAGCAACUCGAGUUCAGCCCCUCUUGAGGAAAAGAAUCCCAAAUACGUACACCGGGAAGUAUUACAACUUGUCGUUGUCUACUUAAUUCAUAACAAGAGCAUCAGUCGUUCGAAGGUUCUUUCUUUCCGUUUAUCGCUUACUUCAACACAGGCAGUACCACCUCACACUCAGUACUAUCACACUACAUUGUUAUUGCUACUCAACUACUUGCUAUUAAGUGCAUGCUAUUGUGAUAGAACAUAAUUUAGACUCGGAUUUGAGACUCUCAGUACAACCAAAGAAGAUGGCUGCGGAGGAACCGCCGCCUUCGCGGCGACUGGUAUUGCAUUUUAACCUACCAAGAACCCUCUUAGUCGGAGAUCCGGAUGGUAAGGGAAACUCAGAAGAGAAGCCAUUGACGACAGAGCUUGCCCUUCGAACGGCACUCGCAGAACAAGCGUGGGGUGUUAUUGAAAGUAUUGACUUGAUACGAUUUCACUUGUAGUUACAUUUUAGUCCUUGAUCUGAUGUAAUAUAAUUAGAAGCAGAAGUUCUGAACAUUUUCUUCGAAGUCGAGUAGGACAUGCACGGAUGCGUGAUGCAGAAACCACUACACUUACAAGAACAGUCUACUCCCUUCUGAGUAUCAAAAAACUUCUGGAACAGCAGUGAUGUAUCAGCCACGUUCAGAGAACAGACUUCUAGACCCAACAUCAACAAACCGAAACUUGUACAUCAACAAGAACGUCGUCAACAUCAACAAACUACAGAUGAAGAAUUUGUGUUGUCAUUUCCGGAUAUCCAAAGGGAUCGACCGAGCGAGGAUGUCACCAGCUAUACCGAAUUCCUACACAUGAAGUAUCCGAUCGCAGGCCAAAGCAAAUUCUCUCAAGAUGAGAAUAAACAGGUACCAUACUAGAAGGCAAGGGUACUAGGUAUACUAGAAGGCAAGGAAAUGCUUCAACACGUCGUUGAUUUGGUUCUCUCUCCUAUUUCUCAUCGAUUUUCCUGUCAACUGUUACUGUACUUUGCUACGAGGUGGACACGACCACAUAGUAUCAAUGAACAGGAGUUCAUAUUCAUCCCGCUGACUUCUCGGACUUCAACUCCCUCCCAUUCUUUCCAGACACACGAGCAGAUGAUAAUGCAGUUUGCUGAUAAGACAGGCCCGGGUGCGAAGUUGAAGAGCAGCUUCGAUCAGAUGCUGAAGUGCCUAGCUUUUCCGAAGCCAUUGGCGAAGGCGCUGAAUAUCAACAAUCCGAUCUUGAACGAGCAUGAAAGCGAGGACUUACGGUUAUGCCAGAUUGUUCUAAUGUUAGCUUAGAUUGGGCUAGUGUAAUUUAGUAAUUCUGAGACUGAGACUGCGACCAUUAUCGAUGAUCAUCAAGCGAAAACUAGAAUAGAAACAUGUAGCCUACUUACUUCCGUGGUAAUGCGAAAUCAUUCAAAAGUUUAAGUUUUCGCUCUCCGGUUCUCCGACGAACUUCCACCCUAGAAGCCGUUUUCUACCUGCAUCUUCUCCUGAUUGCGUUCAUUCCCUUUCGUCGCACCGGCAGAUGAGAACGAUAAGGAGGCGAUAGCCGCACUUCUAGCACGUUUUGGGCGCUAUAUUCUCGUCCCUGCUUUCUGGACCUUGAUCCAGACGCUGACGAAAGCCAAGAGAGACUUCUUUAUGAACUUGUUUUAGAACAAAAAAUUUCAGGAAUACAUGAGACGCAUCACCAUCAUUCGCGAAGUGGGUCUUUUUCUCUACCACGGUGCCCCUCAGCCACAGUGAUUCUCGUGGUAUCCAUAAGUCCAUUACCAUUUCUAUCUUAAUGCAAGAAUAAUUUUGCCUUGAUCAUGAUUAUUCAUCACAUUUGAGGUUGGAAAAACGUCCUACCUCCACCCAUCGUCUCCUUUGUUCCCUCCCAUGCACCUCUGCAACUUCCUUUCCUCCUUCAUAUCCCGUGUCGUUUUUCACAGUAUGAGCAGUGAAAUGCUGGAACAAGCGGUUCUAGAAAUGAACGCCUACAGCAACGGAGAGCAUCCUUGCUUUAACGGACAAAACAAGACGAAAAAAGUCUACUUCAACGGUGAUAAAGUUAAGAUGGAUUUCGUACUACUAGCUAGUGGACCUACAGUUACAAAUACAACUAUCAUAAAAUGGUUAACUUCUACUCGUACGGUGGAUCUUCAUUUCUUAGUUGCAAAAAUUAGAACUUCAUGUUCAUAAUGGUUAGCUUCUACUUGCUGAUGUUAGCUUCCAUUUCAGAACAGCUUCUCCAUUCAACCUAUACACUUUUGCAUUGACGACCCUCUGUAUUUUGAGUCAGUACGCAGCUCUUCAACAUCGAGGUAGAAAACCCACAGCCAUCUUCUAACAGUCGAACAAAAGACAUGCGAGUGCAGAAGAUGGAUAGGGCCACUAUCGCAACCAGAGCCGAAAUCAUGAAGUUCCAGCAUAGGCCAUUGGAAUUGCCGAAGUACUUGUGAUUUAUUUUACAAAUUGGAAGUAGAAUUUCAUGAGUUGAUCAUGUUGAACAGUUAGUAUGAUCGAGCAAGAAUUUGCAUCUUAGGGUUCGUGUCCUUGGAGUUUUUCUCCGACCACUGUGAUUUUGCUACAGUAUACGACCGUUACCUUCCUUAUCCAUGAUCGAUAUUGCACAUUACGAAAACUCAAUCAGACCCGGAGAAGAGUUCCCGCUUAUGUUUGAGCCGACAGUGUUGAAGCGGUCUGCUGGGAUAUAUUCGGGGCUUGUCCAUCGUAUCUGCACAGAAAGCGGAUGUUGUGCAGUGCUACAUGACCAUGAAUAUUAUGAACUGGAGCUCGUAUGUGGGCCGGGUGCUAUCCUAUCCUAUCCUAUGUAUCCUAUCCUAGCAAGAUUCAGCACAUAGCUACAACGUGCACCUACCUUCUAGACGUGAUAACCAUGAUCCACAAAUCUAAAUCUUACCUUGGUCAGUCUAGCAAAAAUGACGUAGUACAGCAAGCUUCGCUUCUCUAAAUCCCUUGGAUGUCGGACAAGAAAAACGGUGGAAAAUUGUAUUUCCUCGACCCUGGUGACGUAACGGACGUCCAGCAAAUCUUCUUCGAAGGAUGCUGCAGCGGUGAUGACCAUUCAGCUUAAGGUGCAUAAUCACACUCACGCUUUUGUGUUUGGGGAAAAACCUAGUAAGUUAGACUUUGCUAUCUUCUACCAAAAUAAUGCGUAGAUCGAAUCGAACACCGCGUCCUUCCUCUCCUACCUCCCUAUCACAUCAUUUCCCUCGUCCACCUCUCUAACCUCGCCUGCGGAUUGUCGACGUAGUUUCCCAAGAAGUGAUCCCGCACCAAGACGUAUCAGGGGUUUUUUUGCACAAGGUGGAAGAUGUGAGGCAAUUGGUGAUUAACCCGCUUUACUUCGUGGAGGCAGUAGAGAAAUGCGAGACCGCAUUCGGAACUUGGCUCGAAAAAGGAAGAAAGAAAAAACCACUUUUCUUUAUGAGGGGAUGUACUUCCGUAUAAAUGAAGCUCGCCUACAUCGAACUACUUACGUUACAACAAAAGCAUCUUACUAAAAAAUGCACUUGUUUUUACAUCUACAUCGCGAGCACACGGAGACUCAUGAUACAGAUACGCUACUACUUUACCUUGUUUGGAGAGUUAUACGACUUAAUAAAAGUAUUUGAGCGUGCUGACUAUUGGGUAGGACGACGAAACUCUUCUAGUUGCUGAAAUUCUCUAUCUUUAUUCUCCUUUCAUGCUCCCGGAAGCAGACCUAUCGGAUCCCGAUGCGAUAGGUGGCAAUCUACUACUCGGAGGUCUGCUGAGUGGUACAGGCACAGGCACGCUCUCACCAGAAGACGAGCUGGCACUGCGAGUCUUGCGCGAAAAGGGAGUGAAGUUAUGGAGAUUCAUAGUUUGUGGAGAUGAAGAUUUGUGGAUAUGAUUCAAUAGUUUGUGGAGAUGAAGAUUCUUGGUUUAUUUUUGCAACUACCUCCAGCACGAGCACUGUCUUUGUUGUACUAAAAAGUGAGCACCUGGUGCAACUUCUUCAUUCCACGACUAACUACAAAGUUCCGUCUUCAAAGAUGAAUAAUAUUUAUCCAUGUAGUUGUUGUAGUUGUUCUAAGUCAACACAGCAAUGAAGAUAACACUCUCUCACCCGUCACAAUCACUCAAGCGUCGACGUCCUCUAACAACCGACUACCUGUACUGUACCGUCAUUCCAGUGCUCUUUGGGGGCUUAGAGGAGGUCGUGAAGCUGAGGCCAGAAGACCCUAUGGAAUUUCUGGCUUUUUACCUCAUGCGCCACGCGAAUGGGUACAAUCGAACCUUGAGGUUGGAGGAGAAGUGAGUGUCGUGGCACAUUUCAAGCGUCCGAGAUGAGAGAAGGACUCCUGUCUGCCAAAACCAAAGCAAAUGUUACCCUUUUUUGCUAAUGCUAAAAACGAUGAAAACGAGUAGUUCUUUUUGUUACAAGACCACGAAGAUGACCAUCAUGAGAAAAACCUAUGAAGACCAUCUAGUAUUGGUAAUUUCACCUACGUGCAAUGUCGAAACUCUAGGAAUCCAAUUCAUGUCCAAACUCUAGGAGCUUAACAAUUACAACAACACUGAGACACUAACAAGUAACGGAGGACUGCGCAUGUGCUCGUAGCAGUGUCGAGCUGCAUGUCGCUUAAAGAUGAGGCGAUUACUAAAUCUUCACCUGUACUACUGCGUCUGGCCAGCACGAAGACAGGCCGCGCAAGCGCUUUUUCACUGUAAGGAUGUCC